GGCUACAACCUCUACUUCCUGGAUACGCGUUCCAAAAAACCAGCCAGGUUGGACUUGUUAUUAUCGUCCUAGACAGAGUUUCUAAUAACCCGUUGCUCGUACAACUUUUGGACAAUAAAUGGGCGUUUAAUGUCACGAAAUUACCGAUGAUAACAUAAACAGGACACAGAGGCGGAGGGCUCAGAGAAAGAGCGCCACGUCAUUGAUCGGCGGAGCAGUCAGAGAAAUACACUGGUGGACUAGUCCUCCGUGGACCAGAGAUUAGACCUGUCCACUUGGCCGCUAGCUUUUAAUGUGCUGCUGAGUGUCUCCGUGUUGUUUGACGGUUUCUUACCGAGGCAGGACUCGUCUCUCAAAGGUCCAAAAUGACGGCGUCCAACUCGGGGAUAAUCAUGAACGUGGUAAACAGCAUCGUGGGAGUCAGCGUGCUCACCAUGCCCUUCUGCUUCAAACAGUGUGGGAUAGUGCUGGGAACUCUCCUGUUGUUCUUCUGUUCGUGGAUGACACACAAGUCUUGCAUGUUUCUGGUCCACACAGCCAGCAACACCAAACGCAGAACCUACGCUGGACUAGCCUUCCAUGCAUAUGGGAAACCAGGAAAAACACUGGUGGAGACAAGUAUGAUCGGUUUGAUGUUGGGCACCUGCAUUGCCUUCUAUGUUGUCAUCGCUGAUUUGGGCUCAAAUUUCUUCGCACAGCUGUUGGGUUUACAGGUGACGGGCAGUUUUCGUGUGGUGCUGCUGAUUGCGGUGUCUCUGUUAGUUGUCCUCCCUCUGAGUCUGCAGAGGAACAUGAUGUCCUCCAUCCAGUCUUUCUCAGCCAUGGCUCUCAUGUUCUACACCUUCUUCAUGUUCACGAUAGUGUUGUCGUCCCUGCGCUACGGCAUAAUCUCGGGCUCCUGGGUGGAGCGGGUUCAACUGUGGCGCCUCAAGGGCGUCAUUCAGUGCCUGCCCAUUAUCGCCACAACCUUCUGCUGUCACCCGCAGGUGCUGCCGACGUACGACAGCCUGGACGAGCCGUCAGUCAAACGCAUGAGCACCAUCUUCACCUCGGCCCUCAACGUAGUCACCAUCUUCUACAUCACUGUGGGGUUUUUUGGCUACGUCAGCUUCACAGAGAACAUCGCGGGCAACGUGCUGAUGAACUUCCCAUCCAACCUGGUGACAGAAAUGAUCCGUGUGGGCUUUAUGAUGAGCGUGGCUGUCGGAUUUCCCAUGAUGAUCCUGCCAUGCCGACAGGCUAUCAACACCAUGCUUUUUGAGCAGCAGCAGAAGGAUGGAACAUUUGCUGCUGGCGGGUACAUGCCACCUCUGCGCUUCAAGAUGAUCACCCUCUGCAUUGUGUUCGGCACCAUGCUGGGAGGCAUUCUCAUCCCCAACGUGGAAACCAUCCUUGGUCUAACCGGAGCCACCAUGGGGAGCCUCAUCUGCUUCAUAUGUCCUGCUCUCAUCUACAGGAAGAUUCAGAAGAAUGGCCUCAUCGCUCAGCUGGUGCUUUGUGUUGGCCUGGGCAUCCUGUUGAUCAGCACCUUUACCACCCUCUCAAUUUCAGCCAGGAGCCCCACCAGCAAGGUCCAAGCUCCUCCUCCCCCUGCCCCUGCCCCUGACAGCAAGAACAACCUGCCGCCACAAAACCUUCCUGAACUGCACGACCAACCUGCAAACAAGAAGCCAGUGGAGAUAGAAAAGCCUGACCAUCCUGGGUUACAACCUGUUGAGAGGGAACAGGGGGAGCCUCCCCAGAUUAAAGGGCCGGUGGAACCUGAGAGGAAGAAAGUGGAGGAGGUGCAGUUGGAUCGUCCUGAUGCCGGUGUCGUGGUACCAGAGGGAGAGGCCCAUCGCCACGAACCACCCAUCCCUCAUGACGAGGUCAGGGUAGACUUAAGAAAAAACAAUGCAGAGCUGGAGGAGGACAAGAAGCAACCUGUUCCUCCGGCUGGAGGCGUCGACGAAGUGCCCAAAAGAAAUGAGGAGCAAGGUUUAGGGAACGCUCUGAAGGUAGAUGACCAAAAAGAUGACAAGGUUGACAAGAAACCCCCAGACGCUGCUGGGAAAGAGGAAGUGGACUUGGGCGGAGGCGAGGUCUUGUCCAACGAACUUCUGGAGAAUCCUGUUGCAGAAGCAGACAGAAAGGAGGAUGCUCCACUAAAGGAGGUGGAGAAUCUCAAUCCCGUUAAAGAGCCUGUAGCAGAGAAUGCAGGUGCGGGGGCCAAUCAGGCUGCAGUACCACAGGUUGAUAAAGUGGCCAAAGCUCCAGACGCUGCAGGAAAACUUCCUGAAGGAGAUCAUCAGCCCGCAGUAGACGAGGCUGUAGCAGCAGGCAACAAAGACACAGGAGACGAGAAGAUGGACGUGAUAAAAAAGCUGGUUGCAGAGGGACAGCUUGACCACGCGGUGCUGCUGCAGGUGAUCAAGGAGCAACAAAAGCAACAGAAGAGGCUUCUUGACCAGCAGGAGAAGCUGCUGGCUGUCAUAGAGGAACAACACAAGGAGAUCCACCAGAAACAACCUGCUGGCGCUGCUGUGGAAGGUGAGGCAGAGAAGAGCAUCCAAGGGCAGCCAGAGGUGAUGGAAGGUGGAGCGGCGAAGCCCAAAGAGACCGGGCAGACGUCUGAGUUGAAGCAGUCCAAAGAGAUAGGCGGCGCUGGAGUGCCACCGGCUGGAGGAGAUGACAUUCACGUCGUGGUUCAGAACCAAGCUCAGGCUGGGGAUAAGGCUGCUGAGGCCGGUGCUGCUAAAGUAGUUGUUCCAGCAGCUUACAAGGAGGAUAGCAACGUUGUACCUGCAGAAGAAUCCCACAAGGACAGUGAGCUGGGGGCGAGGGGAGUACCACUGGGAAAGAAGAAAACUGAUGACCAUGAGGCUGCACUGCAGAACAAUCAGGUAGCUCAACUGACAGAUGAAGAAAAUAGUCUGGAGAAAGAAAAAGAGAGAUUGGAAAGGCUAGAAAAAGAAAUUCAGGCUAAACUGGAGAAAGAACAACUUGAGAGCAACAUUAGGGAGCAGGAGUUAGAAAAAGAAAGACUGGAGAAGGAAAGGAUAGAGAAAGAAGUGCAGGCGAGGGUGGAAAAAGAACGACUGGAAAGGGAGAGAAGAGAAAAGCUGAUCAGAGAGCAGGAGCUGGAGAAAGAGAGGGCGAUAAAACAGAAAGCUGCUCAAGAGAAGGCUCAGAAAGACGCAGUCCAGCAGGAGCUACAGAAAGUAGGCAACGAAAUACUUGAGAGAGGGAAAAAAGAGAAGGAGGCAGAGGAGGCCCGGGAGAGCCAGGCACAGCUGGAGCGAGUCAUAGAAGCUAAAAAAGCUGCACAGGGGGGCGAGAGAGAAGAUGGUGAAGCUUUGAAGAAAGGAGGACGAGACCUCAAAGAAGAGGCUCCCGCUCAGGAAGACCCCAGAGAAGGUGCGCAAGGUGGGGCCGUCAAAGCCGAGGCUCGCCCCCAGGGCUCCCAUGAGAAGGCCAGGGACCAGGGAGAGACGGAUCUGAGGCGGAGGCGUAGGGCACUGGGACCCAAAGACGCAGGAGGACCCCUGGAGGACACCGAGAUGUCCAGGGGGGUUGCAGGGCUGGAGCCCCUGCUGGAACUGGGAGGCUCCAACCUGCACGCGGCCCUGGAGGAGCAGCUGCUGGCCGGGGCGAUGGUGCACUCGAGGCAAAUUAAACAAGCCUCAGAGGAUGAUGGUGCAAAAUAACACAUUCCUGUUUAACAGUCGGACACGUACUGUACACAUACAGAAACUCCUCUAAUACUGUGGAUCAUGAACCAUGUUACCGUUGCCUUACGUUCUCACUUGCCUUCAGAAAUGUUAAGGACAAUAACAUUCUCUCUUUCUUGAUGCUGUGUAAGCCAUUGCCUUUACAAAGAGAAACGAUAUAUGUAAAUAUUAACUUAUUUUUGCCUUUAGAGAGAACUAUGAAGAGGUCAUUGUUGAACUGUAUAUACAUCUAUGCAAAUACCUUUCUAUGGAGAGUUUUGUCAGGGCAAAUCUUUAAUGUUUGUAUCAAAGUCACUUUAAUUGCUUUUCUAUUUGUAGAGUUUGUAGAGUCCAUCUCUGUCGUAGCUGUUUGUACUCUGUCUUCUCUUUCUUGAAAGCUUCACGUGCGUCUGUUACUUUGAGAUGUAAAUACUGUAAAUCUGUUUUAAUUGUCGUUUGUGUAUGGAAUUUAUUAGAAACCACGUGUACCAAAUAUUGAAUGUAAUGUGGGUUCAGAUUUUAAGUUUAGGCGGUCAGUGUUAGUAUUAAAUUUUCAAAUGAAAGUUGAGGUAAAUAUAUCGAUAUAUAUUCUGUAGCCUUACUCUGUGAUCAACUGUGGACAGUGUAGCAGCUUCAUCCAGAACAUCUCGGAUCAGUGGAUCAGGUUAAUAAUCAUUCCAUGUUUAGUAUCUGUUCCUCGUUGACGUGUCAGUGCCUUCCGGUCCAUAUGCUGCCGAAGUGCUGUUAUAUUAAAACAAAACCUGUGGUUUUCCUCCACUGAACCUCUCCCGAAGGUGAAGAUGUUUAAAAGAAAACAUGGUGAUAAUAACACCGGAAGGAAAUCCCUCCAUCAGUUAGCACAGCAACACGUAGGACCUUAACUUUGCUUUGUACAAGAGGCUAUUUUUUGGGGGAUAUUUUUCUAUGUGCACGGUAUUUCUGUCCAUUUUUGCUGAUAAUAAUAAAAGAUCGCUACCACAA